UUUGUUUCAGUGCAUGUACAGCAGAGCAGACUCAUGACACUUCCAUGUGCUCGGCACCGUGAGAAUACUUUGUGUGUGUGCAGGAGUGAGGCUGCUCCUCCUCCUGCACACAUGAGGAGAUAUAAAGCCCCCUCUCCCUCUACUCCAGUUGCGCCUCAGUGGACGCUCUCAACACUUGUUGCUCACUUCGAAAUUCUCCCACAUCCUUUUUUUUUCCCAUCCCCAAGAUGUCUGCACGUAAGCUGGAUUCACCUGGAGUUGUUGUGUAACAGUGUUCAGCUUCUCUUUGUGGUUUUUGGGGGUGAAAGCAUGGCUUGGUUCAGAGCAAACACGAGUAACAUCACUUCGGAGAGCGCUCUGUCCGAGGAUGAGCCGCGGGAUGAGCGCUUGGCUCAGUUGGAAAUAGCUCUUCUCUCCAUCAUCUUCAUCUUGGCAGCCAUCCUGAACAUCGGGGUUUUGUUGGUGCUGCUGAAGCGGAGGAAGCAGCUCUCCAGGAUGCGCGUCUUCGUUUUCCACCUGUGCGUCGCCGAUCUGGUGGUCACAUUCUUCCAAGUUUGUCCGCAACUCAUGUGGGACAUCACGGACAGAUUCGUGGGUCCGGAUGCUUUGUGUCGUGCAGUGAAGUACCUCCAAGUGGUCGGGAUGUUUGCUUCAACAUACAUGAUAGUGGUGAUGACCAUAGACAGAUAUCAAGCCAUCUGCAACCCCAUGGUGACGUUCCAGCGUGGCAGGGCGCGCUGGAACGCUCCGGUGUGCGCAGCCUGGUGCGUAUCUUUCAUCGGCAGCCUCCCGCAGAUCUUCAUCUUCUCUCGGGUGGAGGUCGCCCCUGGAGUGUACGACUGCUGGGCGCAGUUCAUAAAGCCGUGGGGACCGAGAGCGUACGUGACCUGGACCACGCUGGUGAUCUUCGUGCUGCCCGUUCUCACCGUGACAGUGUGCCAGGUGCGCAUCUGCCGCACCGUGCACUUCAACUUUCACAUGAAGACGCAACACGUCGGAGAGGUGGUCAGUAAGUCGCUGUCCUCCAGGGCCAGCAGCGUGGCAGGGGUGUCCAAGGCCAGGGUGAAGACGGUGAAGAUGACCGUGGUCAUCGUGCUCGCCUACAUCGUCUGCUGGACGCCUUUCUUCACCGUGCAGCUGUGGUCCGUCUGGGACGUGGAGGCGCCCACUCAUACUGCGACCUUCACCAUCCUGAUGCUGCUGGCCAGCCUGAACAGCUGUGCGAACCCCUGCAUCUACCUGCUGUUCAGCUGGAAGCUGCCGAGGGGGCUGGUGGCCCUGAUGUGUGGGGGUGAGUCCGACAUGAGGGAGUCCAUCCAGGACGAAGCCACCAUGGUCAGCUCCCUGUACAUCAGCCUCAAGAGCCUGUCGGACAGCAGAUGAAAGCAGUGACGGCACGGACGUGUUUUUCCUACCUCAGGACCAGGAGUCGCUGAAAUACCCUUAAUAAAUGUGAGGACAAACAUUAUAGCAGAGCUUCACGUCUCUGCAGUAACAGUAUAUGGUAGCAAGACCUACAUAUUACAGGGAGGACAUUGAGUAUUACAAGUGUCCAUAAAGUCACAAUUACUUAAGCAUUUUUCAAGCCAUGCCGAUGAUUUGGUACAAGAAAUGUUGGCCCACCACUUGGGUCAAGACUGAAACAUCUCAACUAGUGAAUCAGUUGUCAUGUUAUGUUAUACAGACAUUCAUAAUCCUACUGACUUUGAAGAUACCCAUACAUGACCUCACAGCACCACUAGGGAGUCCAGGCUUUCACUUUUUCAGUGUAAAUGUCAAAAUGUCUACUUGAUGGAUCGGCACACAAUUAUGUACAGAUUUUCAUGGUUCCCAGAGGAUGAAGUCUGUUGACUUUGGUGAUUCCAGACCUCCUCUCCAGCACCACCUGGAGGCCGACGUGCAGUUUUGAGUGACAUGUCUUCACAACAUUUUGGUUGGGCAGCCAUGAAAUUUGGGUCAGACAUUUGUGAUCCCCAGAGGAUGAAUUGUAAUGACUCUGGUGAAACCCUCAACCUUUCCUGUAGAGCCAUCAAGAGGUAGAAAUUCUACUAUGUGCAGUACUUUAGUUUAUGACCAAAUUGGCCGAUUUGCAAACCUAACACACACUGAACUAAGAUGGUGAACAUGGUAAACACCGUACCUGCUA